UUCCCCUCAUUUCUGCCAGUCCAGUCUCUAUCAGGACAUUCUCCGUCCCUACAUGGGCCCCCUUGACGGGAAACAGUCACGGAAUCAUGCAAUUGAUAUCACAAUUCUGAGGGGCAACUCUUAGUAUCUAAUACUUAGCUCAGGUCCUUUGAAGCUGUUUGAACUCUCUAAUAUACGAGCUUCUUAAAAGUCCAGAGUAUAGUUCAUGCACCGGGAUAACCGCCGUUUAUGGCCAGUCGAAACGGAAGUCCCCUAUUGGUGCAGAAGCCGUAUUUGCGCCCUGGGGGGAACAUCGAUUGCCUCAUCCUGAGCACCAAAAUCGCAAACCAUGGCGCAUAUUCCCCAUACCACACCCUAGGCCCUUGAUGCCCUAAUUUCAGAUAAUGAACGUUGAUAGGGUAGACAUCGAGCUUUUAGUCAUGCGUUUCAGUGUUUUCCAAAUGGCCAAGGAUACGGGGUUGCUCCUGAAACUCUCAACUGUUCGGACACUCACUAUUAUCAGCCAUAUUCCCGAAGGCCCCCGGCAAACCUUGAACGGGGUCCCUUUGAUAGAAAGCUCAACAUCAUGACAUAUUCACACCCUACUAUCACUUGGCGCAUACCAUGCAUUCUACACGGCAUGCGCUGUCAAAACCCCAUGGGGUCGCCAACUAACGGCAAUUCUUAAUCAAUGACUCGGUACCCUGUGGGGAAAAAAACAAGUCAUCCGAAUGAUGGAUGAAACUCUUGGUAGUGCUUGGUAUUCCUGCCGUAUUCCGCUAUCAUUCUAGCAGCAAAAUGAUACCCAGGGACAUCGAAUUUCUUUUGCUUUCUUUCUUUUUUUAAAGGCCGAGGUAUUGCAGAGUCAGCUAUGGCCAGCUCUUGAUCUCUGUACUAUGCCGCAUCUUGCCGUGAUAUAGGCCUCUCUCUUUUCUGUUUCGACUGGUGGAACUAUCUUUCAAGGGAUAUCCUGACAACCUAGGGACACCUACUUCCAUCCUUUGGUACUUGUCGGCCUUGGUAACAGAGGAGAGCGGAAACAGCCACCCCCCUCUCUAAUCGUGCUAUUCUUAAAUGAAGAUGGAAGACACGGGAUGAAUUAUAAAUUGGCUCUUGUGCCCUCCAGCUUGAUACCCUUUGCUCUCUUCUUUUCUAUCAGCAAACAGAGACCCUCCACUCCUUUGAAUACCCUCCUAUCCUUUACAUUCCCUAAUACACAGCCAUCAAAAUGGUCUGCCUUAAGACUCUGUCAGUGUUCCUUGCGGCAUUCGCUGCUGCCGAUGCCCGCGCAGUCUUCAAGACUCAGGGCCACAAGAACAGCGAAAUGAUUCCAGACAACUACAUUGUUGUCAUGAAGGAUGGUGUUUCCCAAGAUGACUUCAAGGCCCACAUCUCCUCGGUCUCCAGCAUCCACAGCACCAACAAGGCCAAGCGAGGCACCAACACUGAGGGUAUGAAGCGCGAAUUCGACAUCAUGAACUGGAGAGGUUACCACGGCCACUUCGACCGUGACACCCUCGAGGAGAUUCUCAAUGACUCCAAGGUCGAUUACGUUGAGCAGGACCAGGUCGUAAGAAUCUCUGGCCUCGUCACUCAGCGCAGUGCUCCCAGCUGGGGUCUCGGACGCGUCUCUCACCGACAGGCCGGUAGCCGUGACUACGUCUUCGACGACUCCGCCGGCCGUGGUGUCACCAUCUACGGUGUUGAUACCGGUAUUGAUAUUAACCACCAGGACUUCCGUGGACGUGCACGUUGGGGUACUAACACCGCUGAUCGUGAUAACGCUGAUCGUCACGGUCACGGCACCCACACUGCAUCUACCUUCGCUGGUACUGCGUAUGGUAUUGCUAAGAACGCCAACAUUGUUGCCGUUAAGGUCCUUGGCUCCGAUGGCUCUGGUAGCACUAGUGGAAUCAUUGCUGGUAUCAAUUACUGUGUUCAGGAUGCUCAACAGCGUGGUAUCCUCGGAAAGGCUGCUAUGAACUUGUCUCUCGGCGGUGGUUUCAGCCAGGCCAACAACGAUGCUGUUACUCGUGCCCAGAACGCUGGUAUCUUCGUUGCCGUCGCUGCUGGUAAUGACAACGUGAGUUCGACCUAUCUAGUGGUAGUAUGUACUUAAUUAUGCUCAGGAUACUAACAAUUCUUCCCCUCUACAGAAAGACGCCCGUAACUACUCCCCUGCCUCUGCUCCAGCUGUCUGCACCGUCGCCUCUUCCACCAUCAACGACAGCAAGUCCUCCUUCUCCAACUGGGGCCCAGUUGGUAUGUUUCUUCCUCAAUAAUACCCUCCAGACCUAAAGGCUAACAUUACUUCAGUUGACAUCUAUGCUCCUGGCUCCGACAUCAUUGCCGCUCGCCCAGGUGGUGGCAGCACUACCAUGUCCGGUACCUCCAUGGCCUCUCCCCACGUCGCUGGUAUGGGUGCCUACAUGAUCGGAAUGGGCGCCAACCCCCGCCAGGUCUGCGACCGCCUCAAGCAGCUCGCUACCGCUGCCAUCCGCAACCCUGGCUCCAGCACCACCAACCGCCUCCUCUACAACGGAAGUGGCCAGUAAAUGCUCUAUACCCCUUAAUCCGCUCGCUCGCUCCGAACUUGACGUUCAACCAUUUCUCUUCAUAGUACAUUUUUGACCUGACCUGAUCGCAUCAACUGGUUGAGUGCCAGACCUUUGGAUAUAUCAAAACCCUGCACAUAUUACUUAUUUCUUUAUGAUGUACCCCAUCAGUACAUAGUAUUUAGGUUCUCCAUUUUAUUAGCUUACUGCGAAUUGAGUACCACUUCUUCGCUUGUUAACUCCUACCUUUCUUUUUGAAGUAAUUUAGGAUCUCCUUUUAGGUUCAGGGGUACUUCGUGUGACAGGGAAGUUGAUUCAGUACCUUUAUCUAGCGGGCCACCAGCUUCACUCCCACAAGAUGCUCGCUUCCUUACCUCGGCCCAGACAUCAGAAUGCUACCUCAGUUACAUCGAUGUCCCUGACUUCGUAUUAUUUUAAGUAGGUAAAGGCGCUGAUCACCUCUGUUACCAUGGUCCCUCCACGGCUGGUAGAGGCGCUUGGUAAGCGGAAAUAAUCGACUGAGUACUUUAUCCACCAUAAGCUCGGUCGAGUGAAAUGUGUCUAAUUAUAUCCAUUGGUAUCUCGACUAUAUAAGUUCAUCGCGAAUAGCUUAUACUUCGUGGAAACU